CCCUUCUCUCUCUCCGCUCCGGUCUCGCUCUCUGCUUCCACGGCUUCUCACUCUCCUUUACCUGCCCCCUUGACGCUCCUUCUCGACCGACACUGACACACCGACGCUCACUUCGACUCGCCACACGACUCCACACGACGCCAUGGCGUCUCAAACAGCACCAACGCUUGCUCGGCGACAGGCCGCAGCUGGCGCCGCGGCUGCGGUUGCAGCGCCCUCGGCGACGUCGAUGGCCGUGCUUGUUGUCGGCAUCAUCGCGCUCGUCAUUGCACUUGGUGUCGGCGGCUACGUUGUAUACCACUUCCGGCAAGCGCGCAACGCGUCGCAGAAGAGCCGCGCACCGCUCAAGGUCAGCCGCAGCGCCCUGGCGUCGCGCGGCGUGCGCCCGCUGGGCCCAUCCGUGGGGCCGGCCAUCUCGUCCUCGUGGGGCCCGAUGCACCCGAGCAGCAGCAUGUCGGCCAGCAGCUCCAGCUCCGGCCCGAUGCCGAGCAGCUCCUCCGACGGCACGCGGCGGAGAUCAGACUCGAUCGGCCGGCCGCAACGGCCUUUGAUGCACGAACAGCCGCCAGCACUGCCGUCGCUGCCACACCUGGCCCAGUCCAAGGUCGGCCCCGACGGCUUCGCCGGCGAGGUUCCGUCACAUCUGCGCUCGGCGCGUGUGAGCCGCGUGGCCGUGCCCAGCAUGCUGCUGCGCUCGCUCGGCGACCUGCCCUCGCUGCCCGUGCCCGGCAGCUCAAAGGCAGGCGUGCGCCCAAACAGCUCUGAAGGCGCGAGCUUCACACCGGUGCUCGAUCUCGACCUUGACCUCGAGGGCGGGCGCAGCGGCCAGUCGCCGGCGCGCGGCAAGGCGCUCGAGGACGAGCUGGACUUCGAGAUCGAGCGCUCCAUGUGGCUCACCAGCACGCUCCAGAGCGCCUUCGAGGGCCGUGUCGGCCGCACGUCGCCGGACCUCGAGGCUGGAAAGUCUCGCAAGUCGGUCACUGCCAGCAGCAGCACCACCAGCGGCUCCAAUCUGCCACGCAGCCGCACCAGCGCCGUGUUCCAGCAGGUGACCGGCGUCUUCGAGGCGCCAACAAGCCUGCCGCCGUCGCAGCGCCUGCCGAACCCGCCCAAGCUUGCCAGCCGGACCACACUCAGCAGCCUCGAGCCGGCAGCCGACGUUCGCUCACGCACCGCUGGCGACCCACGGCCGUCGCUCUCGAUGAGCAACCGCUCCAUGGUCGGCACAGCACCGAGCUUCGGCUCGAGCGUCUACAUGUCUGCCGGCGAGUCAGACACCUUCCGUCCGCGCGACGGACUCGGCUCGAUGCCACCGAUGCCUGCCGGUGCCUCUUCCGUGUCGCGCCAGGCGCAGCAGCACAUGAGCUUCUCGCUGCCCUUCUCAGCCACAGCUGCUGCGCCGACGCCCGCAGCGGACACCUCGGCAUCGACGGCUGGUCCCAACGUGCCCGGCGGCUUCCGCCCGCUCAGCCUCGGCUUCGGCAAGAGCAGCAGCAGCAAGUCGAGCCUGGCCUUCGGUGCAAACUUGUUCUCAGAGGCCCGCACCUCGUUCUGGGCAGGCAACACGGCCGACUCAAGCAGCAAGCUUGCGGCCUCGGGCUCGUCCGGCUCGAUUCGCGCCGCCUUGAGCGCCACGGUACCUCGCUCGACCUCGGACAGCUCUGCCGCGGGAAGCACUUCUGGCGACUGCUCGCGCCCCAGCAUGGACACGACGGGCGCCACUUCGUUCGGCAGCGCCUCGAGCGGCACCGCACCGAGCUCGACGCACUCGCUUGACAUGCAGUCGGCAAAGUCGAGCGAUGAUCUCGACCUCGAGGGCGACCUCGACCAGGCCGUCGUCACACGCGCCAACAAGGGUCCGGCGCUGAUCAAGGCACAAGGCGCAGCCGCCCCGCGCCGCAUGCCUGCGCAGAUGUCUGUCCGCUCCGGCGAGACGAGCAACUCGCUCGAUAUGAUCCGCAAGCCGCUGCCUCUGAUUCUCGAGGACGAGCCGGAGUCGGUGCCAGCCCAGCAGGCCUCCAAGGUCAGCGCGCCGCGCCCGAGCGCCACGCCGUCCGUCGUGCCCUUCAUGACGCCGUAUCACCGCGCCGUCUUCCCGGACAAGCUCGGCAGUGAGCAGGGCCUGGCAGCCCCCGUGGGCGAUCGCGUGGAGCGCCAUAGCUUUGCCGGCAACGCUAGCCCGAUCUUCAACGAGCUAGGCUCGGGUGCCUUCCCAGGCCCGAAGCAGAGCUUUGCCAGCAGCUUGCGAGCUCGUCUGACGCGUGGCCGCGGCCCGAAUGCGCCUGGCAGCGCUCGCAACAGCAUGUUCUCGGGCGCUUCUGUCGACUACCAGGGCAGUCCGAUCGCCUCGCCGUGCCUCGCCGCCUCUCCGGCGCACAGCAGUCCGUUCCAGACCGAGCAGUGGGCCGUCUCGACGCUCGACUCGCCCGGCCACGCGCGUCUCGGCGUGCGCGACGAGGUGCGCGCCUCGGUGAACCAGAUGCAGCAGCGCGAGCAGGCCCAGCACGCCAGCUUCCUGCCGACGGUGACGCUGUGCAGCCCCUUGAACCAAGAGGCCGGCCGGCGCAGCAGCGCAGCUAGCUUCGGGCUCGGCCUGGGCCUGAGCGACUGCAGCGGCGCCGCAGUGCAGGCACCGCGCGCCUCCGUGGCCUCUGCCGCCUCGUCCUCGCACUACACGCACUCGCAGCACCACCGCCAGCAGCCGUCGCUCGAUGCCGCCCCGCACGCGCGCCUGGACAGCGCUUCGAUUGCCUCGCCAAUCAUGCAGUCUGCCCGCUGGGCCGGCUCGACGCCCAGCGUCAUGGCGACUGCGGCCAGUGCGGCCGCUCGCACCGCGCACAUCUCGCAGGACCACCUCGACGCCCGCCUGUCAGCCGAGCACCCGAGCGCCGCGCGCAUGAGCCCGCUCGAGUCGUUCGAGCAGCGCUUCGCCGCAGCACCGAUGGCAACAACGUCGCCGCGCGCUUCUCCGCGCCUCGCCUUUGCGACGCUCUCGCCUCGCGUCGACAAUGCACGCUCGUCGUGGGCGAGCAACAGCCGCCGCAGUACGGCCCGCGAGAGCUUCGCCAGCCCGCGCUCCGACCGCGCCGACACGAUCAGCAUCACGAGCUCGUGCAUGACGGGCGGCACCGAGGCGAUGGGCGAGAACCACGAGGAGGCGCUCGACCAGCGUGCUCGUCUGCUGCGCAGCGUGCAGGAGAACAUCGCACGGGCUGCUAGCCGACAGGCAAGCCAGGAGAUGCAGAGCAAGCUGCAGCGCUCGCAGUACGACGGAGCGGCCACGAUCAGCAGUGCCACCGUCCGUCCGCUCGAGCGCGCCGCCGCCAUCUCGUCGCCCGCGAGCCAUGCGCUCAAGAAGCCUAGCAACCUGACCGUCGAGGUCAACGGCAAGCUCGGCACGGGCAUCAUUGCGCCGCUCACGCCGCCGCUCACGCCCAUCGACCCGAUUGCCGCAAGCUCCUCUGCCGCGACAGUCACUCCGGCGACUGUCAACAAGGAGGCCAGUGGCAUCGCCAUGCCCGCGCCGGCACACCACGCCAGCAGCGUGUCGCGCCUCGGCAGCCCGGUUGCCGACUUGCCGGCAGUCAAUAUCGCCAGCCGGCCCAAGUUCCGCCCGCUGAGCUUGACGGCAACGAGCUCGGUGCUCGACGGCGCGCAGCUGCCGUCGUCGGCGCCGGUGCACCAGCACGCAUUCGGCAUGACGGCCAGCAGCAGCAUGACAUUGUCGUCCGGCUCGACGUCGCACGGCUCGCUCGCCUCGAGCAGCGCCCACGGCCCCUCUGCAGCAUCUAGCCGGCGCAUGACGGGCGGCGGUGUGCUGCCCGUCGCCGCCGACGCCUCGUCGCCGUCGUUCUUCGCCGCGCCGCCCUCGCGCCCCUCCUCCUCCUCGCGCCCGCUCUCCUCGCCGCGCCCGCCGUCGACGUACUUCUCGCGCGCCGGCGGCAGCUUCAGCUACGCCAGCCCGACGCCGUCGUCGACCAUCGGCGCCCACUCGCCCAGCGUCGCCGGCAGCCGCUCGUACCAGCGCCACGGCACCGCCGGCGCCGACGACGAGGCGGCGUUCAGCUACACGCCGAGCCGCCUCGGCGCGCUCGGCCUCGCCAGCGCCGCCUGAGGGCGCCUGGCCAUCCGGUCCGUCUCUUGUAUCCUCUCUGGCCACAGCCACCUGUAGCACUAGUAGUUCCGACCCUGUAGCAUCUUGA